CGGUCCGCCGGGAUGUCAAGCAUUUGACGUAGAGCAGGGGUGUAGUUAUAGAGUCGACGUCGCCAAAUUGGGAACUGGUAAGGUCGUCAUCUCGGAAGGACAACUUUCGUAGCGCUAUCUCUCUCAAAGACACCCACGAAUCGGCUCUUGGACGAGAUGACGACUAUCAAGGACGAAUCCCUCGGACCCGACUCGAAAUCUCGGUCGGCUUCGACCUCUCAGUCUACCACCCCGAGCGACCUUCCCGACUCGACGGACGUCUUGAUCGUGGGAGCAGGUCCAGUUGGCCUGUUGAUCGCCUACCAGCUGUCCAAGUUUGGCUGUCAUAACUAUAUCAUCAUCGACAAAGAGGACAAGACCAAUGUCCCGGUCUUCGGGAGAGCGUGUACCAUCUGGCCGAGGACGGAAGAGUUGUGGGACCAGCUAGGGUUGAUGGACGAGAUGUUCUCUGCGGGAGGGGUGAUCAGUUCCACGGGGUACAAUUUCCGAGACGGACAAGCCGUCCCAGGGGCUCUCUCUUUCGCCCACAGGAUGGACCAGAUCGGGGAUACAGCCUUCAAGUUCUGCUUCAACCUUCGUCAACGCAAGAUCGAAAAGGUCCUCGAAGGGAAGUUGCUGAAGGAGUUCGGGAGGAAGGUGGUCAGCGGGUUGGCCCUCGAGGGGAUGGUCGAUGAGAGCUUGAGUGUGAGCGAGCAGGGCGAGGGGGAUGACAAGGGGGUCGAGGUCAGGGUUCGAGAGGUGGCCAGCGAUACCAUUCGGACGGUCCGAGCGAAAUACUUAAUCGGGACGGAUGGAGGUAAAUCCACCGUCAGAAAACUCGCUGGCAUCCCUUUCAUCGGCUCGAAAUCGGGCGCCAAAUGGAUUCGUAUGGACGCCUUGAUCGAUACCGACAUCCCCAACCCCAGAUGCCUCAACUCGGUCCAAUCCUCCACGCACGGCCUUAUUCUGUUUUGCCCUGUAGACGACAACCUGACCCGAAUCGGGUACGUCUUCUCAGAGCACCUGCAGAAGAAGUGGAAGUUGGGGGAAGAGACCGUGACAGGUCCGGCUGUGGAGAACGGCGGGUUGGGCGGGUUGAAGUUGGAAGCGGUGAUCGAAGAGGCACAGGAGGCGGUCAAGCCUUUCAGGUUGGAUUUCAAGCGGGUCGAUUGGUAUACUAUCUAUGGAAUCGGGCAAUGUAUCGCAGGAGAGUUUGUCAAAGGUCGAACCAUUCUGGCGGGCGAUGCCUGUCAUACGCACUCCAGUGGGUCCGCUCAAGGCCUCAACACGGGCUCUCACGACGCCAUCAACCUCGCCUGGAAACUCGCUCUCGCCCUCAAAGGCCUCUCCUCGCCCAAACUCAUGCUCGGAAGCUACGCCGAGGAGAGGAAACAGCUCGUUCAAAAGGUCAUCGAUAACGAUUCGAUCAUCGCCACGUUGAUAAGCGGAAACUACCCGGAAAAGUAUAAAAAUCGAACGGGCGAGAGCACGAGGGACCUGUUGACCGAAUGGUGUGAGAACGCGGAGAACAAAAACUUUACGUUGGGAUUGUCUGUCGCAUAUGCUCAUGAAAACUUGCUCGACGUGCCCACGGCUUCUCGGACCAUCUCUGCGAUCUUACCGGGAGAACGGGGUCCAGAUGGACCUCUCAAUAAAAUCGGGACGGGCGAAUCCAUCCGUUUACAUUCGACUAUGCCCCUCUGUGGUCGAUUCUACAUCGCCGUCUUUACUGGGGCGCCUCAUCAACUUCGAGCGCAGGCAGGUUUAAGAACAUUCCGUACAUCUUUGGACGGACCAUCGCCCUUCACAAAGGCUGUGCCUCGGGUCGAGGAGCUGGUAGAAUACGUCACCCUCGUCGCAGGGGCUGAUAUCGGCACGGCAGAGAUCCUCCAAGGUUGCGCGCCGUUCGGGAAGACGUACUUUGAUCCGCUGAGGAGGACGCACGAGGCAUAUGGCAUCGAUACGAUGACCGGUGGUGUGGUGGUCUUCAGGCCUGAUGGGCACGUAGGAACAGUGGCGCCGUUGGGGGAAGAGACGAAUGGGUUAUUGAAGAGGUAUUUCGAGAGGUUUUGUAAGGUCGACUAGAAGCGCUCUGCUAUACGAUCUGAGGUUUCAUGCUUGCUUGA